CGCGUCAAAUUAAUCUGAGCAAACUCCAGGCUCCGGGAUAAGAGAAAUUUGUCUUUAACGGAUGAAGAUCACUCCAGUCCCAGUGUUCACAAUUGUUUCUCGUUGUCGUGGGGCGUGGGACCGCAGCUUCGAGAGAAAAACUUGGGGACUCCGUCAUUUUCUUGUUAACUUCCUCGCUUUCCCCCACCCGGUGCAAUCGACACAGUGCGUUCAGCCAUUGAAGAGUAGCUAUUUCAAGGAAAGCAUCACAAAACCACGGGCAAAUGGGUGAGCCACUCUUCACGUCUGCAUGCUUCAGUGGCAGGAAGAUGAUAGCGGCAGAGCAUGUUUUACACGCCUGCAUAGCGCCAGAAAUAACCGUAAAGUGGACCACGGACUCAAUGCCAUACUGUAGGCGAGAGCAAACGUAUGGGGAGGUGAACCAGCUAGGCGGGGUGUUUGUCAAUGGACGUCCGCUGCCCAAUGCAAUACGGCUACGGAUAGUGGAGCUGGCCCAGCUCGGGAUACGACCUUGUGACAUUAGUAGACAACUCCGCGUCUCCCAUGGCUGUGUGAGCAAGAUCCUAGCAAGAUACAACGAAACUGGGUCGAUUUUACCAGGUGCAAUCGGCGGGAGCAAGCCACGGGUUACCACACCCAACGUGGUGAAAAACAUAAGGGACUACAAGCAGAAUGACCCCGGAAUCUUUGCUUGGGAAAUUCGAGACAGACUUCUAGCGGACGGCGUUUGUGACAAAUACAACGUACCAUCAGUCAGCUCUAUUAGUAGGAUUUUACGGAACAAGAUUGGAACUCUGUCCCAGCCGAACCAGUACGAGACCAGCAAACAGCCGCCGCAGCCAGGAAUUCCAUACAACCAUAUUUAUCCCUAUUCAUACCCCAACGCUAUGUCACCUACUGGGACCAAAAUGGGCAACCAUGGCGUGCCCGUCACGGGCAUAUCACGGGGCUGGCCCUCCGCGCACACGGUCAGCAAUAUCCUUGGCAUGAGAGCCUUCAUGGACCCUGCAGCCAUUGCUGCUGAGGGAUACCCACCAAAAAUGGAAGACUGGGGAGCUGUCAACAGAGGCACGUUUUCCUCCGCUCAUGGGGUGAACGGAAUUGACAAAUCGGCUGUCGACGCGGACAUUAAGUAUCCUCAGGCCUCAUCCACAUUGUCCAGUUAUGUACCUGCGUGUGCAUACUCUCCCUCAAAUCAGUACGGUGUGUAUAGUGGUCCAACGGGAAGCUAUGUGACUCCAGCUCACCACUGGCAGACGCAGGGCACGACCCUAUCGCACCCGAGCAGCGGUAUGACGAUACACGCGGGUGACAUCCAUUCGCCAAUGUCAUUCAAACAUGCAGCGCGAGACGGAGACCGUAAACCUCCCAGUCCCUUGAGCAAGCAUGAGGCUUUGAACAGCAUACACGGACUCAAUCUUCCUACCUCAUCAUCAUAACCCCCCCAGAAGCUAGAGGGGAAUCGCCACACAUAACGAGCCGCAAAUACCCUACACCCAUUUAAUUGCGUGCAUUUCAAGAUCUCGAACAGUAAGUCGAAGCAUUAUCUAAAGUGUCUUGGAGGAAUGUAUCGAUACAGCCAUCCGUUGUCAGGCUUACCAUAACGUGUCCCUACAAUAUGUCUAAAACUGAAUGUAAACCUCUGGGCAUGGAUGCCAUAGCCUCCCUCAUGCCGCGGUGUUGGUGAACGAUAGGUUUUGAAUCGUAUUGGAUGCUCGAUGUAUAGUCUACUUCUAUCGAAGAUUGCAGUCAUAACAGUUAUGUCAUUGAUACAAAUGUGCAGAUUUGUUGUUCUGUUUGGGGCUAUUUUGAUGACAAAAGGCAAAGAUGCCUACAUGCAUGUACAGAAAUAAAGACGCAUAGGCUGGUACAGAUUCUGAGAGACUGCAUUCAACUCAACGAUGUGAACAAGUUAUUAAUAUUAAAUGUAAAAUAUUUGCAAAAGCUUUAAUUAUAUUUUUAUAAAUACUUAUGUAAAUAUGCUAAAUAAAGGCAUUGUAAAUAUAAACUUGGCGACAGUGU